UCUGAGGCAUUUUCUGUGUCAAGCCACGUGUAGGUUGCCGAGUGGCUGUGACAUUGCUUGGAGAUGAUAUCCUGGUUGGGGGAAGAAAUUGUUGAGCCACACUUUCCUUCUGUGGCAUUGGGUUCCUUCUAGUUGUGGCUGGUUGCAUUUCUGGCUCGCUUGGCCGCGCUCAGGCAAGCCAGUCUUGAACUGAGCCACACCUCGGCCCAUGAGAAGACAAAAGUGUUUCGCGCCCUUCCGGCGUUGCAAGAGACAUGAAAGUCAGGCAUCGCGGAUUGAUUCUCUAUCAGUUGCUUCCAAGCUAUGUGUAAUAGAUCUGCACUGGUAGAUCUCAGCAGCCUUGGCUAUCGUGGGAGGUGAGGUUCAAUAGAAGAGGACUGAAAGUCGACUAAUCAUCGGUUGCAUGGGAAGGAAUGCUGUGUUUUGUCAUGGUGUUGUGGUCGGAGAUGGACACCGUAGCUGUUCUGUCCGUGGCCUUGAGGGUUUCAUCAGUGGAGGGCUAAUUCGCCAUGGAAGUACUCAAGGAAACGACCGUGACAACCGGAGCGACGGUUGUUGUCCAAAGGUUGGUGAAAUUCGAAUGUCCCUGGGCAGAAGAUGCUUGGUAUCCAUCGCUCUUUCCCUGACUAUAGCCCAACCCCGCAAAUGACCCCCCUCCCCCAGUGGCUAUUCAAGUUCUCUUCAUGGCCAUUCACUUAAGGGGGACUUGCGCCUUAAAUCAUAGAACGUAAUCAUCUAUUCCUGGGCUUCCUUGCGUUUGAACUUUCACAAGUAGGGAUAUGGAUCUCCGGCAACAUAAUACCACGAUAUAUAUGUAAUCAUCAACUUUGUCCACCACCGCUGACCAACUGGACCCAUUGCAAUUUCAACAUUUAAAUAAACAGAACCUGGCGUAUUCCUUCAUCUAGGUCCAAUCUCCUGUCACAAGUAUUACGCAAAUGUACUCAAUAUCGUCCGAAAUACCAUACCGGGAUCUAGAUUCUAAGCUCGCACAGAGAACAUGAUUGCAUUAAACCACAAAAGUAGCGCAAUAAUUCUAGGCUUUAGUAGUGGUCAAUUAUUCCUACCUCAUCUAUGAAUGCAACACAAGCAAGACAUAAACAUCUGCCUGCAGGUAAGGGGUAGCCUUACAAGUCCCCAAAUUCUGACUCUGCCCACGCAUCUUGCAAUUGUCCUUGGGGCGAUAGUCUAGUGGGAUCUGAUAUCUACUCCGUACAGCUUCGCUUAGUUCAAAUUGAAUCAUUUUGAACAAAAAUGAGUCGCGUGGCAAUGAUUGCGUACAAGGCAACCCGACGAAUAAAUUCGAGGCAGCGCGAGUGAGGCGGAUGCGGAGAUAAAUUGGACCCGGCCAGAUCACCACUCCACUUUCAUCUUCUGAAUCAACUCCUUGCCUUUCGGAAUGUUCGUGGACAUGGAUGGCACCUUUAAUCGAUCUCAAAAUAGACAUACCUGACGUCCAAAGUCCUUUUUCCCGUCACACAGUUGUUAUGACGUAUCCUGUUCGCUACGCUGAAUGGCGUAUUCAACGGCGUAUUGGGGGAACCUCGGAGUUCGGAGAAUCGCCUCCGAAACGAUCACGAAUUCCCCAGCCAAUCAGAAACACCAACCAGACUCAGUGGUGGCUGUGUCGAGAUCGAUUAUUGGUGGCCUUACAAGGUCCAAAGUACGAUCGUCAUUGCAGACAGGGAGGGCGAGAAGAUUCCAGAUGCCGGUUGUGAAGGAGGAGUACCUUCAUGGAUGAUGGAGAGCCCCUUGCUGCGAGAAUGCUGCUGAUGACAUUGGAAUCCCUUUUCUGACGGGGUGUUAUGCAGGAGCAUUGCGUUGGGGUGUUGCGUCCACGUCAGUCUGGAUGCGCUCAUGGCAUCAUUGGGGAACAGUUGGGAAACACAGAUUACCCCGCUAGCAAGGGAUUGCGUGGCGGAGAUAAGAAUGAUUCUUUCGUCUUUACUGAAAUCUGGAUUGUCGCUGUUGGUCUUGGCGUACGUCGGGUACAUAAAGCCAAGUCUCGCCCGGGUGGUGCAACCAAGCUUCACUCUCCCACCACACGAAGCUUACUUGCUUCUUCUUUCUAUCCAUCUCUCGAUUUUGUCUGGUUCUCACACUUUCUUCUCGACCUAUUGAUCGUCGACUGCCACCCUCUGUUCUGAAUUUAUGCACCGGAUUCGUUCGUGGGCGAAAGCUCACGCGUCUAUCAGCGGAAACUCACAACAAGAGGGCUCCUCUGGAACCACAACCCCUUCCCAAGAAGCCGACGAACCCCCUAUACGAAAUGAUCAAGUGAAUGAUAAACCCGCCGGUGACCCGACCCGCUCGGGCUCACCAAGCGAUGGAGAGAAACAACCACAGAAACCGGGACUCCUGCCUCGCAUGCAGGCAGGCAGCGUCCGUUUCGUCCGCCACACCAAGACGGCUCUUUGCCACAGCUGGGUCAAUGUCCUCUUGGUCUUUGUGCCCAUAGGUAUCGCCGCCGAGGCUGUUGGUUUGAAUCCGGCUAUCAUCUUUGCGAUGAAUGCCGUCGCUAUCAUUCCUCUAGCCGGUAUCCUCAGCCACGCUACUGAGUGUGUGGCCAGCAGACUGGGUGAUACCAUCGGAGCCCUGCUGAACGUCACGUUUGGAAAUGCAGUCGAACUGAUCAUCUUCAUUAUCGCCCUGGUCAAGGAUCAGAUUCGCAUCGUCCAAGCAUCGCUGUUGGGAUCGAUUCUGGCGAACCUUCUCUUGAUUCUGGGAAUGGCUUUCCUUCUUGGAGGUCUGCGUUUCCAGGAACAGAUCUAUAACAGCACCGUGACUCAGAUGAGCGCCUGUUUAUUGUCGCUCGCGGUUACCUCGCUGCUCCUGCCUACCGCAUUUCACGCCUCGUUCAAGGAUUCCGCGAAAGCAGAUUCAGCGACGCUCAAAGUGUCCCGGGGAACGAGCGUGGUGCUGCUGCUCGUAUACGUUUUGUAUAUCGUCUUCCAGCUCAAGUCGCACUCCUACCUCUAUGCCAGCAUUCCUCAGCAGGUCAUUGACGAGGAAUCUCACCCCGGUGUGCUCGCGGAUUUCAUGAACUCGUCAUCCGAGUCGUCGAGCAGUUCGUCUUCCGAUGAGUCAGACGACACGACAACCUCGUGGACUACGGCAAAGCGCCUCAAGCGCGCAGUCAAAUAUAGGCGGCACAGGAAGUUUAGCACUACUUCGCGAGACACGUCAUCCCCAGACCUACCACGCAAAUCCUCCCUCAAUGAUGUAUCAUCUCUGGGGGCCACGCGGAAACCAAGCUCUACUAGUGCCUCCAGCCCUAGUCAACGCGAUGAUGCCGGCUCCUACAUUGUCGACUUUGGCGACGACAACCGCCCAACCGCUGAUCCUGUCUCCACCUCCCGCUCAACGAUUGAACCACAGGCGAGAGAUUUUGGCCAACCGGCAACGAGCAUCAAGUUUGAUGAGGAAGAUCGAGGACACCAUACGCGGGAGCGCAAGACCAGGAAGAAGGUUCGCAAGCAACGGGAAAAGGCAGAAAGGACUGAGAAGCUCGUUGUGCCUGCCCCCACGGAUCCCCGUGUCUCAUCUCUUGCCGCGGAUGAAGGUGUAGGGACCGUUGACUCGCCAAAGAAAUGGUCUCCUUUCCGCCCGGGCCUGCCGUCUCUGCUGUCCAACACCGUCUUUACCAACCCACCCCCUACUGCCGGUAACUCGCGAGGCGACCCGCUGGGCAAUUUCAACGGCCUACGCCGCACCCAUUCUCUGCCUUCGCUUUCGCAACCUCCAGCUCACCACCGUCAACCCCCAGUCGGCAACGCCGUGCAAUUCGCCCGCGUUGCCGCUCGCAUGCCUGACGCUGUCAACCCGGCGGCCCCCCAACCCCAAGAGCACCCGGAACCCGAAAUGUCACGCACAGCCGCAAUUGUCAUGCUCCUCCUCUCGACAGCUCUCGUCGCCGUCUGCGCUGAAUUCCUCGUCGAUGCGAUCCCCGAGAUGGUCGAGAGUUCCUCCGUCAGCGAAGCCUUUAUCGGCCUUAUCAUCCUCCCGAUUGUUGGCAACGCCGCAGAACACGUAACGGCAGUGACCGUCGCAACCAAGAACAAGAUGGAUCUCUCGAUUGGUGUCUCUGUUGGCAGUAGUAUCCAGAUUGCUAUCUUUGUCACUCCGCUCGUUGUCAUUCUGGGCUGGUGUAUGGACAAGGAUAUGAAUCUGUACUUUACCCUCUUCGAGACGAUCUCGCUCUUCGUCACGGUAUUCGUCGUGAACUUCUUAGUUCUGGAUGGAAAGUCGAAUUACUUGGAAGGAGCGUUGCUUAUCGCUGCAUAUGUGAUUAUCAGCGUUGCGGCUUUCUUCUACCCCGACGAGGGUGAGUCCAGCGCCCUCGGGGGUGGCUAGAUGCGCUCACCCACCGCCCGGGCAUUACGCCACAGCCCUAGUUUGUGAUGGAAUGGAAGGCUUAUUUCUGAGAUGAUGAAGAGUCUUCGGGACAAGCACCGGCGGUCGUAAUGGACUUUGCGCGGAAGUAUCCCGGAUUAUGGACUAUGGACUAUGGAGAAAGUGGACGAGGAUGUUAGUGUUUAUUUGAUAGUUACUAGUUAUCAAGGUUUCCUACUUUGUCGCACAACAGAAUGGAUUUGAAUAUUUCCUAUCACAGCUUGUCAUCUCCUGUAAGCUGACGCGACCCUUGG